CUCGAAAACCAUCUGUUUUGUUGCAAUAAUUGCCUCUCUAAAUAUUUACUUCGAAAAUUCGCGUUAAUUGCGGACGUAUGGCCAGUGCGCGUUCGGGACUUUAGCAGCAGCCUUGAUGUUUUCUCAGCUGUCAGAAGAUGUCUAACAAUUUAGAUUAGAUUAGAGUGAUUUUUUACGUUUUCCGCUAAUUGUUCCGAAGUAAACCGUGAGAGAAAAGCUCGUAAUGUUCUAAAAUGUUUGGUGAACUCAGGCCGAGGUCGUCGCAAGUGUUGUGUAGUAAAUAUGACCGAGACUACACGUGAAAUAAUGAGUUAGAGCUGCCAGGAUUCCUCUUAGUUUGUAGGUUUAUUUUAUUUUGUAUCGUUCGGUUAAAUAUUAAAUUUAUGACAUUGGAUUCGGAGUAUCAGUUGGUAGAUUUGACUGCGAUUCAUUCAGAAGGAACAGAUUCGAUGUCAGAGAUGGCCCGAGACAGGGUCACGAAAAAGUGGGAAGUCUUUGCCGGACGAAAUAGAUUUUAUUGUGAUGGAAGGCUGAUGACGGCCCCGAACGGAGGAGUGUUUUUGCUGACGGUGUUUUUAAUCACGGGAACGUGCACGUUGUUUUUUAUAUAUGACUGUAGUUAUUUGGCGGAAAAAGUAACAGUAGCGAUUCCGAUCAUUGGUGGCUUGUUAUUUAUAUUUACGAUGUCUUCCUUGUUGCGCACCAGCCUUUCUGAUCCGGGUAUUAUUCCAAGAGCAACACCAGAAGAAGCUGCCUAUGUUGAGAAACAAAUAGAAGUGACGAACUCUGCCAACAGCCCAACCUACAGGCCGCCUCCUCGCACGAAAGAGGUGUUGGUUAAGGGUCAAACCAUCAAACUAAAGUACUGUUUUACGUGUAAAAUAUUCAGGCCGCCGAGAGCAUCACAUUGCAGUCUGUGUGAUAAUUGUGUCGAUAGGUUUGAUCAUCACUGCCCUUGGGUUGGAAAUUGCGUGGGGCGACGAAAUUAUCGUUUUUUCUACAUGUUUAUAGUAUCAUUAGCUUUUUUAGCGGUAUUUAUAUUCGCUUGUGCCAUAGCUCAUUUAAUAUUAAUUACGAAAACCAAUGAUGGUCAGUUUCUUGAAGCUGUGAAAGAGUCUCCACCGAGUGUCAUAGUGGCGACGAUUUGUUUUUUUAGUGUUUGGAGUAUAUUAGGUUUAGCAGGCUUCCAUACGUAUUUGACCACGAGCAAUCAAACAACAAACGAAGAUAUUAAAGGGUCCUUCGCUAGCAAACGAGGUCAAGAAAACAUGAAUCCGUAUUCCCAAGGGAAUGUGUGUUUGAACUGUUUUUAUAUUUUGUGUGGACCGGUAACGCCAUCUUUGUUGGACAGGAGAGGUAUCGUUACUGAUGACUACAGAGCAGAAAUAUCCAGACCUGUCAACGCAGAAAUUAAUCAACCCAUAAAGAGUUACGGAGUUGCUGUACAGAACGGACCCACCCAAGUCACCAUGAACUCCACCGACAUGCCCGGCAUCUACCGUCAAACGACCGAAACAACCGACAGCAACGCCGGCAGCGUUACUCACCUAGUGAGCAACGAGCAGCCACUGGCCAUAGCUCCCGUCUUGCAGAAGACGACCGAGCACCAGUACACCUCCCAGACCAACUUGAAUCAGUCGCCGGUCUACAGCAACAUCCUGAGCCACGCUCAGGUGCCUCUGAGCAAGUCUCAGAGCUACGCGAACAACCUGAACGUGGCGGAGGGCAAGGGGGAGGUGGGGGACUUGCACCUGGACCCCGUGGUGCUGCGCGACGCGCACAUUGUAGAUAAGAGGAAGGACGAUAAGUUAGACAACGACAUGACUUUGCAGGACAAAGAGAACAGUCUGUUGAGUGCGAGCAGGUUGAGGUUGUUACAGGACACUACGAUGAUAGAAAGUGCGCUUGAUCUAGACUCUUUAGACGAUUCGAGUUUGGGCACGAACAGCCAAGCGGGACUGAUGAAAGUUGUCGUGUAAGCGGAUUUGUUUAGUUCGUACUUUAGUUGUUUUAGGUGAAAUAUAUUUAUUUUUGUAAAGUGAUAUAUCUAAUAUACAUUGCGACGAA